AUGUACUUGUUAAUAUGUAGGGGGCUGGUAUCUUCAGCUAGCAGACCUCGUGAAGACAGUUGGUUAAAAUCCCUAUUUGUUCGCAAAGUCGAUCCAAGGAAAGAUGCUCACUCCAACCUCCUAGCCAAAAGAGAGACCAGCAGUCUGUAUAAACUACAGAUUCACAAUGUAAAACCAGAAUGUCUAGAUGCCUACAACAAGCUCUGUCAAGAGGUGCUGCCAAAGAUUCAUGAAGAAAAACACUACCCAUGUGCACUGGUGGGGACUUGGAACACGUGGUACGGAGAGCAAGAUCAGGCUGUUCAUCUGUGGAGGUAUGAGGGAGGCUAUCCAGCUCUCAAUGAGGUCAUGAGUAAACUCCGUCAAAAUAAGGAAUUCACAGAGUUCCGCAAAGAAAGAGGUAACAUGCUUCUCUCGCGCAAGAACCAGUUACUGUUGGAGUUUAGUUUCUGGAAUGAACCUGUUCCCAGAGAGGGGCCUAAUAUUUAUGAACUGAGAUCCUAUCAACUUAGACCUGGAACCAUGAUUGAGUGGGGAAAUUACUGGGCUCGUGCCAUUCGUUUUCGACAGGAUAAUAAUGAAGCAGUUGGAGGAUUUUUCUCACAAAUUGGACAGCUAUAUAUGGUUCAUCACCUUUGGGCUUACAAAGAUCUCCAAACGAGAGAAGAUAUAAGGAACGCUGCGUGGCAUAAACCUGGCUGGGAUGAACUAGUCUAUUACACAGUGCCCCUUAUUCAGGAAAUGGAGUCCAGAAUCAUGAUACCGUUGAAGAUUUCUCCGCUUCAGUAAAGUCACUGGUUUACUUGUGCCUACGUAAAUAAAGUGACAAGUGUUUGUCUUAAAUUAAUUUAUGGUAUACAUUGUAUAUCAUAGUCUGAAAUAUAAAAGUACUGUAUCGAGCUUAUAAAAGAGACCUCUUUUCUUCAGAAUUUAAUGACCUUUUGCUCUUAGGAUUCUACCAGGAAAAACAGAAAUGUAGGACUGUAAUUAAAAGGUUGCUUCAUUGAAAACAAGUACGAAGACAUAUCCGAGUUCCUCUGCAAGCCAGCUCCUCAGGUUCAGUAUGGCACACAGUGUGUAAUAUCUUCUGCUACGUAGACAAUGCCCAGUGUUCGGUGACAGCAACAGAACGGAGCGUUACAGUUGCUGUGGCCUUUGUGCAGC